AUGGCUUCUACGAUGGCCGCUAAUGCAACCAGCGUACAUAACGUACGGUCUAGUCGGGGUUCCAACAUGGGUUCAUCAGGGAUGAACGACCACAACCGCGGAUCUCACAACAAUGUCGGCAAGAGCUUCGGCGCUGGCAAGUACAACAUCUGGGGUGACUCGAACCUGGGCGGAUUCGGAGACGAUCAACACAUCAGCGAAACUGCUUUCGAAGGCAAGUCAGGCUCAGGCUCUCUCUUGUCUACAUCAGAGUCCGAUGGCUGGUCGGGUCGCGCCAACCUUCCCUGGAGUACCGUCAACAACAACGCUACCUUCCAGAACCGUGGCCUGGCCACCUCCCCGAUUCAGACGCGUGCCAACGACCGCAGUGCGCCUGUCAUGAACGAGACUGGUGAUAGCUCUUACUUUGCUCUUCCUCGCACAACUGGCAUCGGCAGCUCAGCUGGUACCGCAAGCCACCGUCCGUUCAUCAACACUGGUUCGGAGGGUGUCUCGCCCUCCGGUGAUGGCAUGUCAUUCGGUGGAUUUGCUGGUCGACGACAGAUGAACUCCACCGGUCUUGGUGGAAGUCCGGUGGGAACAACCUUCCCCCUCAAACCUGGAUUCUCCAACUCUCUCGAAGGCGCCCGUCAGGACGACAUGGCCGCCGCCAGGGGCAUGUCCUCACUAGGCCGCAGCACUCUUUCCCACGUCUCUCACAAUUCCGCCUCCUACGCCGCUCAACGGCCUACUCACUCCGCCCAUCCUUCUUUCUACUCUGAGAACCACAGCAUCGAUGGCCGUUAUGGCGGCUCAAUGGACCUCAACGCUGGAUUUAACAAGCUCCAGGUGAACGAUGGUAACUACACCCAGGGUGUUCAGCGCCCAGCCUACGUCCCUCACGCCUCCUUCGAUGGUACAUUCCCUCGUGUCAAGUAUCCGAACAACGAGGAAGCUGCCUACCAGGGACUAGGCUACAGUGCCGAAGCCGCACAGGAUAUGCACCUUGCUUAUCAAGCUCGCUCUCGCGCUGCGGAGACUGGAUCGAUCUCACCCUCUGACUACGCUCGCAUUGAUAGCCCUAUCUACACUGGUGUGGAUGGCACUGGCCAAUACCGCAACACCGGAGGUCGUGUCGCUGACAGCCAGGCCGCUGCUUUCGAGCGUCGCCUGCGCACUCUCCAGGAACAGGAGCUUGCUCAGGCUUCUGCCAAUGCCGGACAGCGCAUGCAGUACCCUCCUGCUUACGAUUUCCAAGGAUACCAGAAUGCUCGCCUGAACGCUCUGUCUGGAUUCUAUCCGGUGGCUCAUCUCGGUGGACUAGGUGCAACCGCUCUGGUCUCCCGCACCCAGCGUGAUCAUGACCCUACUCAGGUCGUCCGCAGCCCUCUCCUCGAGGAGUUCCGUGCCAACAGCAAGGGUAACAAGCGCUACGAGCUCAAGGACAUAUACAAUCAUGUUGUUGAGUUCAGCGGGGACCAGCACGGCUCUCGCUUCAUCCAGCAGAAGCUCGAAACUGCCAACAGCGACGAGAAGGAGCAGAUCUUCCGCGAGAUCCAGCCCAACUGCCUCCAGUUGAUGACUGAUGUCUUCGGCAACUACGUCGUCCAGAAGCUGUUUGAGCAUGGCAACCAGACCCAGAAGAAGAUACUCGCAAACCAGAUGCGCGGUCAUGUUCUGGCUUUGUCCACUCAGAUGUACGGAUGCCGUGUCGUGCAGAAGGCUCUCGAGCACAUUCUCACCGACCAGCAAUCUGCCAUGGUCAAAGAGCUAGAGAAUCACGUCCUUAAGUGCGUUCGUGACCAGAACGGUAACCAUGUUAUCCAGAAAGCCAUCGAGCGCGUUCCUUCUCAGUACGUUCAGUUCAUUAUCAACGCUUUCCGUGGACAAGUCAACCGGCUCGCUGCCCACCCAUAUGGUUGCCGCGUUAUCCAGAGAAUGCUCGAGCACUGCGAAGAAGUCGACCGUCAGUCUAUCCUGGCGGAGCUGCACGCUUGCACAUCCAACUUGAUCCCCGAUCAGUUCGGCAACUAUGUCAUCCAGCAUGUAAUUGAGAACGGUGAUGAGCAAGACCGCACUCGCAUGAUUGACAUCGUCAUGGGUCAACUCCUUGCCUACUCUAAGCACAAGUUCGCUAGCAACGUUGUUGAGAAGAGCAUUGAGUUCGGUGCUCCCCAUGAGCGUCACCACAUCAUCUCUACCUUGACUUCCCCGAACGACCGUGGCGAGAGCCCUCUCCUCGGUCUCAUGCGCGACCAGUAUGGAAAUUAUGUUAUCCAAAAGGUCCUCGGUCAACUCAAGGAGGCAGAGCGUGAAGCUCUCAUUGACCAGAUCAAGCCUCUUCUCAGCCAGCUGAAGAAGUUCAGCUAUGGCAAGCAGAUCGUCGCUAUUGAAAAGCUCAUAUUCGACCCAAACUCCCCUGCGACUGUGCCUCUAUCCCACACUACCUCGACCACUCCCCCAAACUCUCACAAGUCCUCUCCUCAACCCCUCAAGCGCUCUCUCCCCACGGAGCAGCCACGGGCCUUCUUGGGCAACGCUCCUCCCACACCUCCCCCCACAGACCCCAGCACGGUCGAUAGCUCUCUCGAGCCCAAGGGCCUCGCCAAAAGCACAGUGACCUCGGUUUCGAGUCCCGAGACGGGCAGCACCGGUGUUACCGUCCCGGUCGAUGUCACCAGUGCUCACUAA